AUGAGUCCCCUCUACAUCGCCAUCGAACGAGAGCACGAGCACACCGCCAAGUUCCUGCUCGACAAGGGAGCCUCGCUCAUUGUUGAGAAGCCCGAUUUCGAGAGGCCAUGCGUUCCGUCUUCGCAGCGACGUCUCAAUACCAUGCACAUCGCGGCCAAGUACGGCCAGUAUCAUCUCGUCCGCCAUCUCCAACUUGAAUACGGCAUCGACAUUGACUUGCCCGACCAAGCAGGCAACACAGCCCUGGCAUACGCUAUGGUAUCUUCAGAGAACCUGCGUGUCAUCGACUAUCUUAUUUCUGAGGGGGCAAACCUGGCCUUGAAAGAUGAUGACGGAUUCACCCCGUUGCACAGGGCCAUAACCUUGCCCGAUGCCGAGGAGGCCAAACCCAUCGUCACCGCGUUGAUCGACGCAGGGGCCGACAUUGACGCUUUUAACAACAAUUUUCAAGCCACUCCUAUGACUAUCGCCAUCCGUUUCACCCAGAGCUCGCUUAUUGCAAUGCUCGUCGACACCAGGGCGUUUGUUGAUGCGUUUUAUUUGCGUCUUGCCCUGAAGGCCAAGGACAUCGACGAUGAGACUCGAGAUACUAUUUCAGCCUGCGUCGAUGCGCUCCUGCGCCGUGGGAUUCCUCAAGAUUCGAAGGGGCAUGUUAAACUGCUUCUGCAAGAGAACAAUGCACGCGCCGCUGAGAUUCUGUACAGCCGCGGUAUCGGGCUCCCUGAUGAAUCCCCAGAGGGGAUCAACAAAUUCCUUCAAGUCAUCCUAGAUCUCCCACCAACCGAAUGUGAGAAUAAGAGUCUCAUAUUUCUACUCACUCACUACCGAGGUAUCAUCCGAGGGUCCAGGCCGGAGAAGAUGAUUGCCAAGCUACUAGAGAGCCGCCACAUGAGCAACAAGGCCAUCGUCAACCUGAUGAACCCCAGCAUCAAUAUCAAGUGGAGAGGGGAGAAGGGAAAGACACUUCUACACAUUUUCGCUGAAAACAUACGAUGGCACACCCGAGCUUUUGACUCUUCAAUAUUGCACGCCCUGUUGGACCGUGGCAUCAACGUCAAUGCGAGAGCGAAAGGUGGCCUGGCGGCCCUGCACAUGCUUGUUGGGGAUAAUUACAUAUCCUCGGGUUCCGACCAUGUCUGGUUUGCCAGCGUCCUUGACCGUCUGCUCGCUAGAGGUCUAGACAUCAACGCCGUUGAUAACAAAGGCUGGACAGCGCUUGACUAUCUCUCCAACUCUCAAGUCGUUGACCGCUGUGCGCACCGAGUCGGGGCCCUAGUCUAG